GUGUUUAGGUAAGCGUUCACCAGUUACAGUAAUCGGGGUUUUUGUUGUUCGUACUUUUAAAAAGGUCAUCGUGUCGAUGGAAUAGCAUCCUGUAUUUAUAGACGACCGACACUCCGCGCUCGAACCGACUGCUGGAUGUAACGCAUAUGAUUUAUGUAAUUAGUAGGAGUAAGAGCAGUAUAUAUUACUCGCACAGAUAUCAUUAUUGUUGGUUUAACGUAAAACGAAACGGCGACGUUCCAGUCUCGGUACAAUGAUAACACAUGGGAUCGUUUAUAGAAAAUAUAUAUAAUGUUUUACAAAGUUUUGUCAUAUAUAGAAAUACGACUACAGUCAAAGUCACAAGUGACGUGCAGUUACAGUAACCAGUAACCAGGCAGUCUGGCGAGAGACGACCAGAGGGGCGGGCGGGUGUAGUGGAGUGUGGAGCGCUCGUAGAGGAUGCGAGGAGGGAUAUUUUGAGAUUUGAGUUUCGUUGAUCGCCUUAGAGUCGCGGACGUGUUGUGAUCGAGAAAUAACACUGCCAGCUGACGUAAGGUUAUACUGUGACGUGACCUGCGCGGGAUAAACCUCUGGAGCCUGUGUCUGCGUCUCUGUGCCUGUGUGUGUAUUCGCUGUUUGCAAACAGGUUCUCAUCAACUCGUGUGGUGUGCUCUACUGAUUAUAUUAUCCCAGUUAUCCGGAUGCAGUGAUGCAUUGUAUUGUUACGUGGAAUUUAUUGUGAUUUUCAAAGUGUUAUUUGCCAUCGAAGGCGACGAAUAGAUUGUUAAUUUUCCUUUGGUUAAGGAUGUCUUAGUGUAAGUCGUGACGAUGGUCCCUCAUGGACGCUGAGGGUCGACUCGUGUUCUGGAAGGGGGGAGUGUGGGAAGGGGGGGCUCCGACGCUCAGCUGCAACACCUGCAAGAAGAGGAGAGCGGAUAGAAUGAGUGCCAACGAACGCCCUCAGGGCGAGUUGAAGAAGCUCUCCGAGGAGAGUUUGACUCGUCAGCCCGAGGAAGUGUUCGACAUCAUCUGCAAGCUCGGAGAAGGUUCAUAUGGCAGCGUGUACAAGGCUCUCCACAAGGAAAGCGGCCAGGUGUUGGCCAUCAAGCAGGUGCCGGUGGACACGGACCUGCAGGAGAUCAUCAAGGAGAUCUCCAUCAUGCAGCAGUGUGACAGUCCAUACGUCGUCAAGUAUUACGGCAGCUACUUCAAGAACACAGAUCUAUGGAUCGUGAUGGAAUAUUGUGGCGCGGGGUCAGUGUCUGAUAUCAUGAGGCUGAGGAAGAAGACGCUCUCCGAGGACGAGAUAGCGACCAUUCUGUGUGACACGCUCAAGGGGCUGGAGUAUCUUCACCGGAGACGGAAGAUCCAUCGGGACAUCAAGGCCGGAAACAUUUUGCUCAACACCGAGGGUCACGCUAAGUUGGCCGAUUUCGGUGUGGCCGGGCAACUUACGGAUACGAUGGCGAAGCGCAACACGGUGAUCGGCACUCCGUUCUGGAUGGCGCCCGAGGUGAUCCAGGAGAUAGGGUACGACUGUGUGGCCGACAUCUGGUCGCUGGGGAUCACGGCGCUGGAGAUGGCGGAGGGCAAGCCGCCCUACGGAGACAUUCACCCCAUGAGGGCCAUCUUCAUGAUACCCACUAAGCCGCCGCCGUCCUUCAGGGAGCCCGAUCAGUGGUCUCCGGAGUUCAUAGACUUCGUCAGUCAGUGUCUCGUGAAGAACCCUGACGAGAGAGCCACCGCGGAGUAUCUGCUGGCGCACGAGUUUAUAGGAAACGCGAAGCAGGCCAGCAUACUGAGCGCCAUGAUCGCUGAGGCGAGGGAACUGAGGGAGGCGCAGGCUCUCAGGAGGGCCAACAAUAUGCAACCCGCCACGGAAAACCAGCGAGCGACCACACAGUGUGCGGGAGACGGGGAGGAGUACAGCUCGGCCACCAUGAAGGCGCGCGAGGCCACGCUGGUGCCUCGAGAUCUGGAGCUGGAGCUGGCCGCGGACCUCGGCACCAUGGUCAUAUACGACCACGACCUCGCCACCAUGAAGCGUCACGACACAGACCCCAUGGACCCGAGCCGGCCUAAGUACCGGCCCCUGUUCCUGGAACAUUUCGAGAAGAAGGACCUCAACCACCUCCCCGCCACCAACGGCACCCUGGCCGGCACGCUGACCCUCCCGGACUCACACCGGGUGGAGGGAGUCCCGUGUGCGCUGGCGGCGGGGUCUCCUCCCCCGUCCCCCCCGGGCUCCCCCCCGGGCGGCCCGCGCGCUCUGCUGGACGUGGACGGGAACUUCGAAUUCGUAAGUCAACUGCACGUCGUCACUCUGCUCGCCCUCAGGCCCCCUGUCGUUCCUGUCGUCGAGCGAGCUGGAGGCGCGCAUGGCGGCCCUGGACGCGGAGAUGGAGGCGGAAAUCGAGCGCCUCCACCAGCGCUACGAGCGGAAGCGCCGCCCCAUACUGGACGCCAUCACGCUCAAACGGAAACGACAGCAGAACUUCUAGCUCGCUCCGCCUCCGCCGCCACGCUGUAGCGGGCCAGCGACCACACGCACAGGGGACCGCACGGCACACGAGGUACUGCUCACGGUACAAGUGAACCUCCGUGUUCCGCUUCUGAACAGUUUAAUGUGGCUGGACGUGUCUUUGAUUGUGAAUCAUAAAGAACUGAUGAGCGCGGCCAGCCUGUCAUGGGAGGGCACGCCGCUCGUGGAUUGUGACUCAUUUUAAUAAACCCGAGCAGAUGCCAAAACGCCACGUCGACCUUCCUGUGGUCGUGAACGCGCCGUCUGCCAAAUUUUUAUUGAUUCUUUUUUCGAAGUAUUUUGAAAUGUAUUUAAUUUGUUAAAAAUAUUGGAGUUUCGUGUCGCAAUAAGUUAGGUAGGCUGUUAUUGAUGUAGUUUAGUUCGGAAUUAUGAAGAGACAUAUCCUAGACCCGAGACCGGCCUGUGUGGACCCCUCAGGGAAACUAUAAAAUAGAUUAGGUUUCAUGACGGGCACGAAAACAUUAACGAUGAGUUGUAAUAAUUUACUAAUAUUCAAACCGUCUAUUUGACUCUUGGCUUAUAAACGUCUUUUAUUUUUGAUAUGUCAAAUAAAUAAAUUGCCUUACGUGUCGGCCUGACAGAUGGUGACAUCUGACAAGUGACAGUUAGACGAAAUGAAGUUGCUGGCAUGUGUACUGUGACUUGUGAGUAUAAGAAUGAUCUAGAAUAUUAUAAAUGAUUAUAAUAAAUAAGAAUGUUUGUAACGAGACGGAUUGUAUUAUAAUGUAAUAAGUUCAUGACAAUAUGUUGAUUUUUCUUUAUAUUUGUAUUGUUUGGUUUAUUUGAGUUCCUCGCGAUAAGAUCUCAGCGUCAUCUCGUGUAUAAUAUUAGUUGAUAUUAUCUUGUACAUUGAAGUAGCCGGUUGUGACGCGUUACUGUAAUACUAAAUUUAUAUGCAAUAUUGUGGAUAGGAUAACAAAUUCUAUAUUUUAAUAUUUAGAUUGUAUAAAAGAUUUUUAGCGAUGCAAAGUUUAAAUACAGAUUUUUCAUUAACCGGGGGGCGGUGACUCGUUCCACCUGCGGCUUGGUGCCUUCAAUUCAUUUAUGUUUUGUAGUUGUGCUCGAAGACUUCAUUCGCCCCGCGUCGGUCCCCGCCUGUACAGAGUGUAUUUUGCUAGUGAUUGAGUGAUUAUUAAAGUUACAAAGUUUAGAAGUGCCAUUAAGUGUAAAAAGUAUUGUAUUUUCGUACAUUCGAGCAAUAGAUUAUUGAAAUGUAGAAGUCUUAUAUACAACGUAGCUAGAGUGGUGAGUUUGUGCCAUUCGUGUGAUGAAUAGCGAACGAUGGAAGGCUUAUCGUGCGCCGAUGACGGCGACCGUUUUUAAGAUUAGAGAAUCAAAAGUGUUUUGGAAGAGAUUACUUCGAAAAGCUUUGCAAACAUAUUUUGUAUAAAAAUUUUGCAGUAAAUCUAAAUUGUUUUUUAAUAAUGAACAUGUAACGAGAUUUCAAUUGGCCUACGUUGAGACAAUUCGAUUAUAAUUGUACAGGGUAACAUUGUAAUGCUUAAAGCUCACUUAAUUCCUUAAUAUUGAUGUAUGGAAUGGGAUCAUGGAGUUAGCAAACUGUAAAUGAUUUUUCAAGUAUUUUCACUCUAAUAGGAAUGAAUUUGAUUACUAUUAUUGUGUGCAUUUAGAAUGUUUAUAGAUACACUGUUCGAAGACUCUAAAGUGAGGUAGGAUGUGUAAGGAUAUAGUUGUAACGGACCUUGAGAACAAACCUCGGUACAUGCGGUAACAUUUGUUUCGUUCCCUUCACAAGUGUAUUAGUUAGUGUACUUUGAAAUAUUUGAGUUGAUUCCUCGCCUAUUACUGCAUGUACUCAGUGGCCUUCAGUAUUGUUUAGGAUCGCACACCACUACGCCGUAGCCAGUUGAUGUGUUGUAGCCUUAUACAUUAUAUUUUUGGAAAGAUUCACAGAUUAAAAGAAUGAUUAUACAA